UAAUAUCUAAUUAUGGUUAUGCAUGCCAUACAGAGAUAAAUGUUUUAAGUAAUUGUAUAUGUAUACAAAUACUCUUUAAGUUGUGCACAAUAUAUGUAAAUACCUGAACAAAAUUUUAGGUUGAGUUAUUUCUUCAUAUUUCUGAGGUCUUUUCGAAUUUCAUUGCUGGGAGCUUAUGCGGCGGAUAUUGUCAUAUCAUUUAUAGGUAGUAAAUAUAAACGUUAGUCAAGUGAGCGGCUGCCUUCUUCCCAGCUAUUAAACUAAGAUGGAACCACCAAAGGACAAAUGGAAUUUUGUUUUGCUAAUAUUUGUUGUGCAUGGCAUAGGUACUUUAAUGCCGUGGAAUAUGUUCAUAACUGCCAAAAGUUAUUUUGUGGACUAUAAAUUAGCUGAUGGAAUAAACUCUACUAGCUCUUCGACCUACGCUUCAAACUUUUUGCAAUAUCAUAACUUCGCCGCACAAAUUCCUAAUGUAGUAUUUAAUUGGUUAAACAUAUUUUUUAAUUUAGGAGGUGAUUUAACGAAGCGAAUUGUUUUCAGCAUAUUGCUAGAAUUAGCUCUUUUUAUAUUAACCGUAAUUUUCGCUAUGAUCGACUCAUCCAAUUGGCGUGGAGCCUUCUUUUGGACUACUAUGAUCACUGUUGUUCUUUUAAAUAUGGCCGGAGGAAUUUAUCAAAAUACAAUUUACGGAAUGGUUGCUACACAUCCGUUUAAAUAUACUGGAGCCGUAGUUUUGGGAUCAAAUAUAUGUGGACUGUUUGUGUCGAUACUGAGCAUAGCAAUCACGUCUAUAUUUCCAUCGAAACGGACUGCAGCGAUUUAUUAUUUUAUCACAGCUAUGGUCGUUUUGCUUGCAUGUUUUGACACGUUUUUUGCAUUGCCGUUAAACAAAUUCUACAGAUACAAUCAGCUUUCGGGAAAGUCAGACGAUGAACCUGAGAAACAUAAAACCGCUGCUAUACCAUAUUGGGAUAUUUUCAAAAAAACAUCUUUGCAACUAUACAAUGUGUUCUGUACUUUUUUCGUGACUUUAUCGAUUUUUCCUUCAGUACAUUCAGAUAUAAAAAAAUCAUCGGAUACAUUUAUUAUACAAAAUCAGAAUUUAUUUACUUCAGUUACCUGUUUUCUGACAUUCAAUUUAUUCGCAAUGCUGGGCAGUUUGACAACAUCCUGGGUUCAGUGGCCUGGUCCUAAAUAUUUGGCGGUUCCGGUAACACUGCGGUUACUGUUCAUACCUCUUUUUCUAUACUGCAACUAUAGUCCACUUAACAUUGAAAGAAAACUGGCAGUUUUGAUCAGUAACGAUUGGAUAUACUGGUUUAUUUCUAUUUUGAUGUCAUGGAGCUCGGGUUACUUAAGUUCAUUGGCCAUGAUGUACGCACCACAAACAGUUGAACCAAAACACCAAGUGAAAGCUGGAAUGUUUGCAGCUGCAAUGCUCAUAACUGGAAUUUUUGCUGGAGUUCUAUUUUCAUUUUUAAAUCCUUAUUUUAUCGUUUAAGAAAAACGUAUAUUUUAAUCAAUUAAAAAUAAACCAU